UUAAGACGCGCCUUCCCUGAAGCGCGUCGUGCCAAGACAUUUCCAGGUCGAUCUACGCGCCACAUUUUGGUCUGUGCAAAUGUGGCUGAUUCACCCCAAUCAGCCACUAACAGCAGCUUACUCUGCUCCAACACCAUUUUAUGCAGAGCUCCUCGACCAGGGUUUCUGCAUCUCGAUUCCGAACUGUACCUUAUCAUGCAAUCUUCCGAGUUCUGGGAGCCCUAUUUUCUAUUUCUUCUUGCCUCGCAGCUCCCGAUAUCACUACAACUUCGGGACGACCUAAGUACGAAGGCCGGCGGUCUGAUUCUUUGCACCUUGCACCUUGCAAUGGAGACUGCAUCGGAGCCACUGCCGCAGUAAGAAGACCUCGGGCGGGGCGCAGGAUGGAAAUGCAGAGCAACAUGCCUUCGGUCAAUUGGUACGGCUGGAAUGGCUUGUGAUACGGAUACUGGUGGGCCUGCACGGCUACUCCGAUAUAUCUACGGAUACUUCUAAACGUUUCAAGGCUAAUAA